AUGACUGCAAGCGAGACACUUCCGCUUUACAACCCAACGGCCACCGACCCGGACGGUACGAAUAUGGCUCCUAAUACGAAAAAGAACGUUGCCGAGUGCAUCUCUGAUGACGCACUGGUGCACUUCAAGUCAUACAAGUACUCAAGCGUCGACCUGUCGCCAGUCUCGAAAUACGUUCUUGGUCCUUUCUGGAAUGCCUCUGUCAACCUCCUACCGCUAUGGAUUGCCCCCAACAUGGUGACCCUCUUGGGUUUCUGCUUCAUCCUGAUAAACGUCGCUUUCUGCGCAAUCUGGAUGCCUGAUCUCGUUGGGCCGGCUCCUUCAUGGCUUUACUUCAGCUUUGCCUUUGGCCUGUUCAUGUACCAAACGAUGGAUAACCUCGACGGAAAGCAAGCUCGACGAACUGGUACCUCAAGCGGCCUCGGCGAACUCUUCGAUCACGGUAUUGACUCUUUGAACUGCACACUCGCCAGUCUGCUCGAAACUGCCGCUAUGGGUCUUGGUACCUCUCCAGCUGGCAUCAUUACCGCUCUGUGCCCAUGCCUGCCCAUGUUUUUCUCGACCUGGGAAACAUACCAUACGCAUACUCUUUACCUCGGCGUUAUCAACGGCCCUACAGAAGGCAUACUUAUUGCCUGUGCAAUUAUGAUCAUGUCUGGCAUUUGGGGACCCGGCAUCUGGACCAUUCCUUUGGCUAAUGGCAUCAAGGAUACUCUACCUGGUCUUGCUGAACUCCUUGGCGAGACCACUUUCCGAGAUAUCUGGAUUGGCCUCAUCAUCGGCUCCCUCGUCUUUACACAGAUCCCCUUCUGUGUGCUCAACGUUACCAAGGCUCGCAAGUCUAGAGGAGAGCCCAUUCUUCCUGUCUUCUUUGAGUGGAUUCCUAUGGCCGUCUUCACUUUUUCGAUCGCGGCUUGGGUCUUCUCCCCUUACAGUACCAUCAUGAAGGAGAACCACCUGAUGCUUUUCUGCUUCAUCAUGUCAUUCGUCUUUGGCCGCUUGACCACUAAGAUUAUUCUCGCCCAUUUGACUCGCCAACCUUUCCCCUGGUGGACCGUUAUGCUGUACCCUCUUGUUGGUGGCGCGUUCCUCGGCAACAUGCCUCGAUUUGGACUCCCUCAGGUCAGCGCCCAAUUCGAGCUUUUCUACCUGUGGGCGUAUCUUCUCUUUUCCAUGGUUGUUUAUUUCCGCUGGGCCUGGCUCGUUGUUACCAGCAUCUGCAACUACCUCGGUAUCAAUGCCCUCACCAUCCCCAAGGAGAAGCAGAUCGCCAACAAGGCGGCACAGGCUGCCAACAAGCUACACUAA